AUGUUUACAUCAUAUAGCAGGGAGCCCUCAAUGUUGAGCAAGGAGAUAACUACUGAAUUCGCAGUCAGUAUGGAGUGUGUAUCUUGUACAGAAUCCGUUAAGAAGGAGCUUGCCAAAAACCCAAGAGUUUCGAAUAUUGAGAUCUCAUUAGCAGACCAACGAGUCGUAUCAACAACACCACCAUCACACAUAUACCACACACUACGCAACAUAGGCCGAACAGUUGUAUUCCGUGGGGUAACAGGCCGUCAAAACCUCCCCAACUCUGCAGCCGUAUCCAUCUUCGAACACUUUCCAGGCGUGAAACCUGGUCAAUGGGCUCAACACGACAAUCGCGGACUCGCACGUCUUGUACAAGUUGAUGACGAUACAUGUAUGGUCGACAUUACAUGUGAGGGUUUGGAAGCUGGCAAGAUCCACAGUGUGAAUAUCCGCGAGUGUGGUGAUAUCUCGCGAGGUGCAUUGUCUACUGGAGAGGUAUAUGUGUCACUGGGACAGAUGAAUGUGGACGACCAAGGGAGAGGGGAUCUUGUUGCGGAGAGUAGGCUCAAGAUAUGGGAUGUGGUUGGACGAUCGAUUGUUGUUGAGCCUGUUGAACGACCGUUGGCUGUGGCACAUGCUGAUAGUGUGUGUGGUAUAAUAGCUAGAAGUGCAGGCUUGUUUGAGAAUGUCAAGAGGUCAUAA